AAACACCUAAUAAUAUCCAGAUCAACAGGAUUUGUUCGUUUCAGUCGAUCAAAGUCCAUGGACCUUCUGAUAUCCGUAACUCAUGUUGAGCGUGACCAUGCAACGGUGUUGUUUAUUUUGGUUUGCGUGUGAAGUUAUACAUAAUGAAAGAGUAAACGUGAUUAUGUCUGGUCAUCGUUAGACGGGCAUAAACGUUGGUGAAAAGAAAACCUGUUUACAUCAUUGAUUAUACUUGGUACAGCCGCAGGCUUUCAUCGGGAUCUGACUGACUUGAAAAGUUUAUAACGAAGAAGAAUUGGCCCAUGUGGUUUGCUACUUUCAAAAACGUCUCACCGAUGAUUUCUAAUGUCGAAUUAAGUGGGAGGAAACGAUACAAGCUAAAAGUACACUCGAAGCGUCAGUUCUACUAGGUACGUAUAGUUCGCUGGUUGUUCGUCACAGUCUGUCCGUUCUACAUACAACAAGUUCACUGCAUUCGAAAACUUGGAUCAACUCACAAAUAUGUGGAAAUUCACGUUACUGUUAUUGCUGUUGAUCUAUGGAGCUGCAAGGUACUGGAGUAACUCAGAAAAUCCCAAAGCACCAGCAGUGCCUGACGACCAGUACUGGGGGACAAGAGAAUCUCACUCGGAAGACAAAACUAUUCGGCCAUUCAAAAUUGAUGUCAAACAAGAGGUUAUCGAUGACCUUAAGAUGCGCCUUAGCAGAACCCAAUCUUUGAGAAAGCCACUCGAAGACAUUGGAUGGAUUUACGGCGUAGACAGCGAGCACCUACAAACCGUACUGGAGUACUGGAGGACAAAGUACGACUGGACCAAACGUCAAAGCCUCCUUAACAAUUAUUCGCAGUUCGAGACCAGCAUUCAAGGCUUGGACAUCCACUUCUACCAUGUGAAGCCCAGAAUCAUCGAGGACAGUUCUAUCAGAGUUCUCCCUCUGCUGCUGGUCCACGGCUGGCCCGGAUCCAUCGUUGAAUUUCAAAGGAUCAUCCCUCUUCUCACGAUACCACGUGAUGAUCGGGAUUUCAUCUUUGAGCUUAUCAUACCAUCGUUGCCAGGUUACGGGUUUUCGGACCCAGCAGCUCGCCCUGGUUUAGGCUCCACUCAGGUAUCGCAAAAAUUGAAGAGAAUAUAUGUGUAUGAGCAGACGAGUCAACGUCUGAAUAAAUGGGUGAAUUUUGGAAAUUAUAUUCGUUGUAUAAUGGCUGUUGAUGGUUUGUUUCAUUCGAAAGCAUGUAGAUCAAACUUGACUCUCAUAUUUUUCUUAUCACAAUCAACUGAUAGGAAGCAUCGUUAUUGA